AUGUCGAACCUCAACAUUCUCAUCUCCGCCUAUCCCAACGCCAACAUCACUAUAGUCGAGCGUGAUCCUUCCCUCCGCUUGACCGGCGCCAGCGUCGACAUACGCAGCUCAGCCGUGGACAUCAUCAAAUGGAUGAGCGCAGAACAGGAGAUCUGCAAUCACACCACAAAGGAAGAGGGCAUACAAUUCGUAAACGCAAAUGGCAAGGCUGUGGCAACACUCAGAGCGACCGGCAGAUCAGACAUUCAGAGCGUCACAUCCGAGUUCGAGAUAUUCCGCGGGAUGCUUACGAAGAUCUUCAUCGAUCUAAUUAUAACACGGGUGAAACUCAUAUUUGGCGAGUCCGUGGACCACUUUGAGCAGCGCAACGAUGGAGUGGCCGUCACUUUCGCAAAGAGCAAGGAAGUGAAGAUGUAUGACCUUCUCGUAGCUGCAGACAGCCUUGGCUCGAAGAUUCGAGGCAUGAUGCUAGACAGCAAGCCGCAGGAGCAACUCUACAACGAGGGCGUUCAUGUAGCGUAUUUCGCCAUCAAGAUCAAUCUGCUGCAAGGCGGCCGCCUGGCGAAAUGGUACAACGCCACGGGCGGAUGCGUUGUCUUCCUGUGUCCCGACCCCGAUCCUGUUGGCCGUACGAGAGGCAAUCUCAUGAAUAGACUCAACAAAGCUCUUCGUGACGGUAACAAAAGCUGCAUGAAGCUGAUGGGAGAGAUGUUCCGCGAUGCAGGCUGGGUGGCGCCCGAGGUUCUGCAAGACAUGCGCGAAAGCGAUGACUUCUACUGCCCUCUGUUCGUGCAGAUCCGAUCACCUAAACUACACGAUGGCUGCGUGGUCCUGCUUGGCGAUGCCGGCUAUACGACACCCGGCUUUGGCACCAGUCUUGCAAUCAUCGGCGGUUUAUGUCCUUGCUGGAGAGCUCGGUAUGAAGAGAUCAUGCUACCGUUUGCCAAAAGCUCGCAGGGCGGGGAUAACGCGAUGCAGCUACUCAAUCCGCAGACCGUAUGGGGCAUUAGAAUCAGGGACGCCAUUUUGGGUUUUGUAACAUGGGCGAGGCUGGAUAGGUUGACAAUGGGUGUAGCCUCGGCGCUGGGCUUCACAGAGAAAAAGGCCCCAAUGCCUGAUUAUCAAUGGCCGGCUAGAUGAAGAUGACAUCCGUGCUUACUCUAGACACAUCCCGUGGC